GCACUGAUUGUACAUAAUGAUCCAUAUAUUGAAAGCAUACUGAGGUACGCGCCAGUUUGUCACGAUUAUUUUAUUUACACAUACAAGACAUGAAGUCCCAAAAGACGAUAGAUAUGGCCACUCCUCUAAGUGUGAGCAUAAUGCCAUUGAGACAUAUUUUGCAGUCCAAAAAUGAAGUCCAAAAUGGACAGAAAUUUGGUUAAAAUCAGUAAAGUAGGUGGGGGUGUAGACAACAUAUUUCUCCCUAGCGGGACUUACCCCAGCCGGGAUUCAACAUAAUUCAGGUAAUGUGGCAGCGAGUUCGAUCUUAUGCAAAAAAUACCCUAUGUUGCGAGUGUAGACCUAUCAACUCGUUUGGACAGGCUUCGUUCAUCCAAAAAAUUAGACCAAGAUAUAUAUUGUAUUGUCGAUGGGGGCGAGGCAAGUUCCGCCUCCUUCGAUAGAUGUUGCCCUUUCUGAUAAUUUGUUUUUAAGGAAUUGAAAGCAGCAACAUUGUAAAGUGGUAUUGUUGGGAGGGGGGAUUCUUGCAAUCGUAUGCAGUAAAUUACGAAGCAAUUUAGAUAUUGACACGGAUAAACCUCACUAGUUGAUAACAAAUCUAGGAAUGAAACGACGCGCAUAGACAACUUUGUGUUGUGACCAAUGGAUCACAUGAAAGAGAAAUAAAUUAAUACUUCUAGUUUUUACACUUUAAACCCACUUCCUAAUGAAUCUAAAGCUAAAUGACGUCACGCUGUUACAAUGUGCGCAUUCCCAUGGGACUCCUCGGAUAUGUCCAACCUAGGCCUCGCUACCACAUGAAAUUUAAAGCGUGCAUAAAGCGUGACAUCAUUGUGGUGUACAAGUCUAUCCAAAAUCCUCAAUCUACCACCUUGGCAACUGUUUGGCAAUCAGAGUGUUUUCUUGUCACAAAGCUUGGCAAGAAGAAAGUUUCCAUUACCAGAUUUUAUUUCAGUGUUCCUUUCAGUGAAAAGCUUGGAAUCGAAACUAUGUCCAAAUCAUUUCAACAACAAUUUUCUCUUUUCAAAAAUUAAAUGGACUGAAUGGGAAACUGGAAAUCAAAGCACAUUUCAUUACCAACUGGAAUCCAGCAUACAUGUAUACUGCAUGAAAACAAGCAGUGUUGUAGUCGAAUGCCAUCCAAUCUCACGGCAACUCAUGAGCUAUCUGCCACUUGAUAGACUCGAAAAGGAAAUUUCCUUAUAUUAAAUACAGAGUGACAAUUGUUUAGACAGUAUUUCAGUUAAGAUGCAAAGUACUGCCAGUGAUACUUGAUUUCAUGACUUAUCAAAAUUCCUUUUGAAAAUUUAAGAAAAGUAGUGGCAGUGGACACAGACAUUAGUUACAAAAUAAUUGUAAAUGCCAAGAAGACGACAUGAUUCAUUUGAAAUUUAAGACAUCAAUGUUUGUGGACCUACAAUAGAUAAAAAUUGCUUAGUACAAGUCAGUUUUGCCAAAAAGAGUAAGUGAUCAACCGAAUUGCUACUUCUACUGGCAGCCAGCUCCUCUUGGCCAAUUAUGAGGCAUAACAUAAAUCCCCAAGCGAGCAUGUAAUUGACUAUUUGAGAUAACACUAUACCUAUUCCAUCACUGAUGCCUGCCAGGAAAAGUUACUAAUAACACAGCUGUUCUGUUAUUGGCUCAAUACAUAAUAUGGAAAUAGCUUCAUUCAGAAGUUCUCGCAUAUAAUUUUUUUUAUCAAUCUGCACACAAAACAUGUAAAAGUUAACUCAGACAAGUAACAUUACGCUGUAGUACACAGCAAACAUCUGGUAAAGUUCAGUCUGAACAAGUUUUAUAAAAUUGUUCCUCUUUAUGUGGAAUGGUUGUAACUGUUGACUUUCAAUUUAAACACAAUAACUCAAUAUGCAGACAUUGUUUGGUAAAUAAAUCCAUUAAUCAAAAUGUAAAGGUUGAAUCUAAUGCAGGAUCAGCGUAAACUAACACAGCCAGUAGUGAACAUGCACAACAUCACUAAAAAUGUAGGGUCGUUUUUCUUGUGACUAAAGAUUUUCACAUGGUUUUAACCAGAGUCCAGUUUAUGGUACUGCUAAGCAGAAAUGCUCUCUUGCAACAACACAUGUCCAGCAAUAAUUGGUUGACAGCCAGUCACAAGCAAUGUGCUUUGCAUGGAAGUAUGGUUGGUCACCAGCUUUUGCAGUGCUUGAAUAAAUAAUAUCAUUUAAACACAGAUGCAGGAUAUACUGGAUUUUUAUGAUUCAAAGUCGGUGAUACAGCUGGUUCAUACCUCAGGCAAACUAGAAUUUUGAUGUCACAAAACAGUUACAGUUCACUUACACUUCACUUGAAAUGUGUUGAGAUUUUGUGAAUUCACUGCAUGAGCAUUUGAUCUGAUGUCACCAUUUUACAUUCGUAUUCACUUUUGCACCAAGUAUGAAAGGCCUCCAAGCAUACCACAAAUACACUGUCCUUCAGUGAAAGUAUAAAUCAGAGGAAUUGGCAAGAUUCGUACAAAUUCUGUAAACGAGGGAAUGAAGACCAGUACAGAGUCAACACUACAGUCAUUGAAAAAAAUGAAGGAAGUGGACGUUAUGCUUGGUGUGGACUUACAGCGGCGGAGAAGCAAGAACUACUGAUAUUAUGCAGAAAGGACUUACGCUUGUGGACAGUUGAAAUGCAGGAUGGAUCACCACAUAUGAACAUGACCAAAACUGUCUCGCUGAAGAUUUGGACGAGAAAGGUGGAAGCUAGGAUGCAAAGGAAGAGCAAAGACAAGACAAAGAGACGAUAACGGCGCGGAUGCUACACACAGUUUGAACUGAAUGAGCUGAAACGUGCCGUCAACAGACUUGCUAAUCCAACAACAACAAAAAAAUCCGGAAAAUAGGUGAGACAGGACGAUGCAAGAAUGAAACUCAUUAUACUGCUCGACAGCUAGCAAGACAUGAAAACAAGUUGGAAACAGUAACCUUGGCUCUUUCAGAUUUCAAACAUGACCAAGAACCCAGGAUAACGCCAGUCAUCGUAACAUUUAAAUAUCAAUUUAAUGAAGAGUUGGUGUUGUGUUUGAAAGAUGGGGAAACUUUAAAACCCUGUGCAUUCUAAUAAAGAUUAAAAGAGACUGUGAUCACAUUUAAAAUAGGUUAUUCCUAAUAUUUAUCUUCUUAACAGCGAGGAAACAACCGAGGAACGAUGACACUGAACUUACCAAAGGUAAUCAAAUGAAGUUGAAUAAAUAAAUUUGAGAGUAGUUAUGCAAAUUCAAUGCAUCUUCAGUUUUAUUUGUUUUUAAAUUUGUACUUCUUUCAUGUUUUUUACAGUGCUAGGUGAACAGAAGGGUGUUCACACCCAGCUGGUGUCUAAUUCAGACUAUAAUCCCCAAUGCAAUCUGAACAAAGAUGAUAGCUUGCAUUUGUCUGAUAUAGACAUACUUUUGGAACAGGUGGCAGAAGAGGAGAGUGACCAAGGCACUACAACAGAUGCUGCACAAGAAGUUGUAAAUCAACCUCCAUCCAAAAAAGACGGCGGUCUGCCAUUGUCUGAUAAAAAUGCAGGCACUACAACAGAUGCUGCACAAGAAGUUGUAAAUCAACCUCCAUCCAAAAAAGACGGCGGUCUGCCAUUGUCUGAUAUCGACAUACUUCUUAAUCAAGUAACAACAGAAGAGGAUAACCAAAAAGGUAUUGCUGAGCAGCUCAAAGAAGUUCCACGAGACUCUACAGAUGAGCCUGCACCAACUCGACAGGCUGUACAUGAGACAGGGAUAACUAAAUCUAAAGCAUCUUAAGAAAAUGGGCGUGGAGACUGUAAAUGACCUGAUGAGAAGGAUGUAUCCCAGACCCUGACACCGAUCGAAGCAAGAAAACUGCUAGACCGUCUAAAAUGCAUUGGUGAGUCCAACAUAUGGUUUUUGAAUCCCAGUGCCCUGAAUGGGUUAUUAAACAACUCUCGGUCAGCACGUUCGAAUAAUUGGCACAAGUGAAAUUCCACUUGGUCUGUUUAAUUGUGCCUUGUGAAGUUAUGCAUUACACCCAAUCUGCCAUAUUUGGCACCAAAGUACAAUACAGUCACCUGUGUGCAUUCCUGAGAUGUGCACUUUGCCAUUGUCAGGGAGAGCCUAAUUGAUGCGGUAACUCUGCACCAUGAAAAUUCACGCACGUAGGAGUGCGCUUGAAUCUUUCAAGCAUGUUUUUAUUCCAUAUCAACUGCCAGUUAAAGGAUAUUGAUCAUGGCUGAAGCAUGAAAAAGGGAAUAAGGUAUACUGCAUUCCUGUUCAAGUAUUCCGCUCUGCCCUGUGGGACAUGGAAACCCCCAAUUAUUCCGAUUUCUGCUAUAAAGAAGUGGGAGUCCGCAAUUAAUGGUGUAAUCAUCUAGAGGUGUUGGGGGUGUUUGGGGCAGGUAGGUUACCACAGAUGCUUGCCAAGUUGGGGGCUCAUAUGGUGGCACUCAAAUACAUGUAUCAGAAAUGCAUUUGUGGGUUCACCAAGGUAGUGCAGAGUGCCCAAGAGAUGUGGGGGUUGUUUCACAUGGAUGGCCCCUAAUUAGCAGAGGUAUUCCAAUUGUCAAAACUGAAAAAAGUAUUACUUUACCCUUUUGAUGUUUCCCAGAUGGUGGCUCCCAAAAUUGUCCUGUCAAAGCAACACAUCCACUUGAUGAUUCACCAUCCUCAAAAAGUACCUCUUCAGCA